GUAUCGAAACAACAAAUAGGUCAUGAAUGUCAUGAUCAAAAGAAAAGUAAACGUCAAAUGUCGUCCAAGAAACAAAAAUAAUUUAUUAAUUUCGCCUAAUUUACGCAUUAAACCGCAAAGAGUAUGGAAAACGCUCAUUGCCGAUUGUGCGCCGAGUUAAAACCACUGGACAAACUCAUUGACUUGCAAUCUGAGGCCGACAAGUGGAUUGAAAUCGUGAAGAAGCUGAAAAGGCUUAACGCAAGGACAUUAGGGUUGUUUACUGAUGAAGUGCUGCCUAAAACGGUUUGUUUCGUGUGCGUCGGCUCUUUAGACAGAGCCUUUGAGUUUAUUUUGAACGUGGAACACGCUCAGGAGAUGUUGAACACCAUAUUAAUGCGAAAUGUUAAAAAGGAGGAACUGUCUGACGAUUCUGACCGAGAGGAGGCUUUUUUGGAAGAGCAGGCGGAAACCAUAGCGAACAGCAUUAAAGUUAAACUUGAAAUACUAGAAUCAGAAUCGGUAGCGCUCUCUGCACAUCAAGGCGAACCGAAAAAGAAGAAGAAAACUACGAAAUGUCGAAGUCUGGAUUCCUUACCUCUUUCUCAACUUAAACUGACUUGGAAGGACUAUUCCUGGACUUGUUCCUUCUGUGAAACGCAGUACAAGUCUGCUGAGGAGCUGAAGACCCACUCUAUGCAGUACCAUCACUGCUGCAAUGCUUUUAAGUGUGGCGAUUGUAACCUUAAGAAACAAAAGUUGGAUAGUUUUUUAGUUCAUGUUAAAAGGCACAGACGGAAUCUGAAAUUGUCUUGCUAUGUGUGCCACAAAAGCUUUACGAAGCAGAAUCAAAUGAGUAAUCAUAAAAAUGAGCAUAGAACUUCAGAGCACAUUUGCAAAGGCUGUAAUACUUGCUUCCCUAAUCUAGAAGAGUUAAAUGAACAUACGAGCAUCUUUUAUAGGGAGAAGAGAGCUCCUCGAAUUGUCCCACCAGAGUUGGUCAGCGAUGACCGUACUUGUGUCUUGUGUAAAAAGGAGUUCAAAAGCAAAGGGAGUUUAACGUCUCAUCUUCUGACACAUACGGAUAGAAAACGGGAUCACACCUGUGAAAAAUGCGGGAAAUGCUUCUUUAACAAGCAGAAUUUAGCCGGACACAUGCUCCUGCAUGAUGAUACAAGACCAUACAAAUGCAAGAUCUGCAAGUUCGGCUUUAAAACACUAGGCCAGCUACGGAACCAUGUUGGAGUUCAUGAUGGCAACAAGCCACACUCUUGUGAUCAGUGUGGCCGUUGUUUCCGUUUACCAAAACAGCUGAAAUCCCACCAAAUAGUACAUACAGAUGAGCUCCCUUACAUCUGCUCGUACUGUGGUAAGAGCUUCCGAUUCAAAACCAUUUUAAACCAACAUGUCCGUCAGCACACAGGUAUUAAACCAUAUUCUUGCGAAUUCUGCCAACGGGACUUCACAAACUGGCCGAAUUAUAACAAACAUAUGAAACGUCGCCACGGUAUGGACAUGGCGAAAAAGAAGCACACUCCGGAAGGUUUAUACCCUAUAAACCCCGCUACUGGUGAGGUAGUUAUAACUCCGGAAACCAUGGAAACUGCAGAAUGGAAGAGGGAAAUGCUGAGAUCUCGGAGACCAGGUCGACCUAAGCAGAGCAUGGAAACUGAAGGCCAGAUGCCAAUGGAGCAGAUGCAAAUGGAACCGAUGCAAAUAGAGCCAAUGAAUUUCAAGAGUGAAGCCACUGAAAGUCAGAAUCAAUAGCGGUUGGUAAGGGUAUUAGGAUUAUUAUAUUCAUGUUCAAAAUUCAUAUGUUUGGUUCCGAUGCCUACAUUAUUAUUAGGUUUUCUAGCUACUUCCCUUGCUUUAGUAUUAUCUAGCUAUAGAUACAUUAGGCAGCUAAAGCUAUCUGAUCAGCAAUCGAUGAGGCAAUCGGAUAAAAAGAAGUAUUUAUGUAUUGAGAAAAAACACUUGGUGACAAUGGAAAAACUUGCUGCCUGUCAGACACCUGCCUAAUUCUAAAGUAAGAAUGCUAAACACGAAGAAUUCAGUACAUUAACACGCUAUUUCCUAUCUCCCGCGAUUGUUGUCCACUGUUUUUUUUCCUACUUUAUAAAAAUGGUUAUUAGCUUAUAUGAUACUUACGUUAUUACGUCAAAUUACGUUUCGUUUAUGUUUAAAUCAGAAUUUAUUCAGGACUCACAUGCAAGCACUUGUGAGUCACUGGGUCACUGAGUCACGGGCUAAAAAAACGAGAUUCUUCUUUCCUAAUAUACCUUAUAAAAAUAAUUGUUAACUUAUAUGAUACUUACGUUAUUACGUCAAAAUACGUUUCGUUUAUGUUUAAAUUAAAAUUUAUUUAGGACUGACAUGCGAGUCACUGGCCCUGCGGAACUCUUAAGCAUGACCCAUAAACUGAGUCGCUGGCUCUGAAUGGGUUAAUGGGACAGCAAUGUAAUUACGCGCGUGUGAUAAAAAGGUCGCCCAUUAUAUUCUAUUUUGGAUCUUUAUUUUGAGAAAUCAAAUAGAAAAUGGCGGGUCAAUGUACGAAAUUUUUCGUGCUCAGCGUCCUUACUUUAAACUACUGGAGUUGACUCUCAAAGGCGACAUGCGCUCAGUGUACACGCGCCUUUAUAUUAUACACUUAAUGUAGAUUUAUUACGAGCGGUAUUUUUGUUAGUGGUUGUUAAUUAGGAAUAGGAACAAAAUAUUUAAUUAAGGUAUUGGUUUAGUUUCAUAGCACAAAUAAAAUUUUUGGGAAUCCUAAUUUGAUUGUAUGAAUACACAGAUUAUGCAGUCAACAGCAACUGUAAAAAACCUGAAUUGUCUAUAUUUGUGUAAGACCUGACAUUGUGUGUAGAGUAUGUGAUGGGUACAGAAGAGAAUCAAAUCUCCAUAUUAUAAUUUUGUUCUACAUCGAUAGUAAUCCAGAGACAACUGCAUAAUAAGAACUGUCAACCUCCACAAAAAAGACAUCCCUUAUCAUUUUGUUGAACAAAACUUACCUACAGAUAUCAGUUGCACGCGCGUGGAAAUG